AUGAAUAGGAGAAUCCAAACCAGUUACAGUCCAAUAGCUUCUCCUCUUCCCUCAGUAACUCCACGUUCAUUUCCGUGGUUUUCACCACCCCUCCUUGAUGGAGAACACGACCACCUAAACCUUGCAUCCAUCAUUAUAAUCGGCCUAGGUAGCACAGCUUGUGUAAUUAUGUUUCUCAUCACCUUGUCCAAAAUCCUAAAGAUCUAUUAUUUAAAUAGAUACAACGUUAGCAGAAGAAACCCUCCAAUAUUAUUUGACGUUCGAGGAGAUUCUCCUCCCUUUUCCGAUGACGAGGAACAGGAGCAUGUUAUCAGGCAGCACUCCAUACGGCUCAGCCCCACAGAGGGUCUCCAGCAAUCAACCAUAGACUCCAUCACAGUUUACAGAUACAGAAAUAACGAAGUUUUGGUUAAAGAAACUGAGUGUCUUGUUUGCCUCGGUGAGUUUCAACAAGAAGAGAGUCUGAGACUGUUGCCAAAGUGUAGCCAUGCUUUCCACCUCCCUUGCAUUGAUGCCUGGUUGAGGACACAUAAAACCUGUCCCUUGUGCCGCACCCCUAUUGUUCAUGAUGCUGUCAGUGCUGAUGGUGAAACUGAGUCUGAUUCAAGUCUUUCUGAUAUGAUCCAGGACAUGGAAGAAUGCAAUGGUAGUGGUGUUUUGAGGGUUGGUAAUGAAGAUUCUAGUGGUGAUGGAAUUGAAAUUUUGUCUGAAUUUGGUGAGGUGAAUGGUGAUUAUUCAGCUCCAAUUAGUCGUGCUUCUGAUGCUGAUACACAGACACAAGAAUUUGAUGAUGAAAAUGAACCCAAAAUGAAGAGGUCUUUCUCAGUGGAUUCAUAUGUUUUGUUUCUACAAUAUAAAAAGCUUAGACAGACGAAAAUUGGUGAUUGA